AUGGCAGAAGGAGCUAAUCCAGGCCCAAGGGACCAGGAGGAGACCAGGAGGAGACCGGGAGGAGACCAGGAGGAGACCGGGAGGAGACCAGGAGGAGACCAGGAGGAGACCAGGAGGAGCCCAGGAGGAGACCGGGAGGAGACCGGGAGGAGACCGGGAGGAGACCGGGAGGAGACCGGGAGGAGACCAGGAGGAGACCGGGAGGAGACCAGGAGGAGACCAGGAGGAGACCAGGAGGAGACCAGGAGGAGCCCAGGAGGAGACCGGGAGGAGACCGGGAGGAGACCGGGAGGAGACCGGGAGGAGACCGGGAGGAGACCGGGAGGAGACCGGGAGGAGACCAGGAGGAGACCGGGAGGAGACCGGGGAGGAGACCGGGAGGAGACCGGGAGGAGACCGGGAGGAGACCAGGAGGAGACCAGGAGGAGACCGGGAGGAGACCGGGAGGAGACCGGGAGGAGACCAGGAGGAGACCGGAGGAGACCAGGAGGAGACCAGGAGGAGACCAGGAGGAGCCCGGAGGAGACCGGGAGGAGACCGGGAGGAGACCGGGAGGAGACCAGGAGGAGACCGGGAGGAGACCGGGAGGAGACCAGGAGGAGACCGGGAGGAGACCGGAGGAGCCCGGGAGGAGACCGGGAGGAGACCAGGAGGAGCCCAGGAGGAGACCGGGAGGAGCCCAGGAGGAGACCGGGAGGAGACCAGGAGGAGACCGGGAGGAGCCCAGGAGGAGCCCAGGAGGAGACCGGGAGGAGCCCGGGAGGAGACCGGGAGGAGACCAGGAGGGGACCAGGAGGAGACCAGGAGGAGACCAGGAGGAGACCCAGGAGGAGACUAGGAGGGGACCGGGAGGAGACCAGGAGGAGACCAGGAGGAGACCGGGAGGAGACCGGGAGGAGACCGGGAGGAGACCAGGAGGAGACCAGGAGGAGACCAGGAGGAGACCAGGAGGAGACCGGGAGGAGACCGGGAGGAGACCGGGAGGAGACCGGGAGGAGACCAGGAGGAGACCGGGAGGAGACCAGGAGGAGACCAGGAGGAGACCAGGAGGAGCCCGGGAGGAGACCGGGAGGAGACCAGGAGGAGACCGGGAGGAGACCAGGAGGAGACCGGGAGGAGACCGGGAGGAGACCAGGAGGAGACCGGGAGGAGACCGGGAGGAGCCCGGGAGGAGACCGGGAGGAGACCAGGAGGAGCCCAGGAGGAGACCGGGAGGAGCCCAGGAGGAGACCGGGAGGAGACCAGGAGGAGACCGGGAGGAGCCCAGGAGGAGACCGGGAGGAGACCAGGAGGAGCCCAGGAGGAGACCGGGAGGAGCCCAGGAGGAGACCGGGAGGAGACCGGGAGGAGACCGGGAGGAGACCGGGAAGAGACCAGGAGGAGACCAGGAGGAGACCGGGAGGAGACCGGGAGGAGCCCAGGAGGAGACCGGGAGGAGACCGGGAGGAGCCCAGGAGGAGACCGGGAGGAGACCGGGAGGAGACCAGGAGGAGACCGGGAGGAGACCGGGAGGAGCCCGGGAGGAGACCGGGAGGAGACCAGGAGGAGCCCAGGAGGAGACCGGGAGGAGCCCAGGAGGAGACCGGGAGGAGACCAGGAGGAGACCGGGAGGAGCCCAGGAGGAGACCGGGAGGAGACCAGGAGGAGCCCAGGAGGAGACCGGGAGGAGCCCAGGAGGAGACCGGGAGGAGACCGGGAGGAGACCGGGAAGAGACCAGGAGGAGACCAGGAGGAGACCGGGAGGAGACCGGGAGGAGCCCAGGAGGAGACCGGGAGGAGACCGGGAGGAGCCCAGGAGGAGACCGGGAGGAGACCGGGAGGAGCCCAGGAGGAGACCGGGAGGAGACCGGGAGGAGACCAGGAGGAGACCAGGAGGAGACCGGGAGGAGACCAGGAGGAGACCAGGAGGAGACGUGA